UUAGAAGGGUUAAAAGGCGAAUGCCCUGCGGUUUCGCGCGUCAGGGUACUUGGGUUUGAGAAAUUCUAACUCCGGACUUUUUUAAUGCAGAGGCCAGUAGUCCGCUAUGGAGCGCGUCUUUACCCCGUUGGAGCCCCUGCUUCCCACCGGGAAUUUGAAGUACUGCCUUUUGAUUCUCAAUCAGCCUUUGGACGACUGUUUUCGUCGUCUUUGGAGCAAAGCUGUUUUAAAAGCCUGUGCUGACGGAGGUGCCAACCGCUUGUACGACGUCACUGAAGGAGAACGGAAAAGAGCUCUUGAUCGUCUUCCUGAGGCUGAAAUCAUUCCUUAUUCUUACCAUUUCUUUUACUUCAAUACACAGGGGUGUGAGCUCAUUUCAACUCCUGAUCAAGACAGCACUGACUUCACCAAGUGCCUUCAAGUGCUCCAAAGGAGGAUAGAAGAAAACGGCCUACAGGUCGAUGUGAUCGUGACUCUGGGUGGGCUCGCGGGACGUUUCGACCAGAUCAUGGCGUCAGUGAGCACCCUGUUUCAAGCCACCAGGAUCACGCCUCUGCCAGUCAUAAUCAUCCAAGAGGAAUCGCUCGUCUACCUGCUCCAGCCGGGCAAGCACAGACUGCACGUGGACACGGGCAUGGAGGGUGACUGGUGCGGCCUCAUUCCCGUCGGGCAGCCGUGCAGCCAGGUGACCACGACGGGCCUCAAGUGGAACCUCACAAAUGACCUGCUUGGCUUUGGAACACUGGUCAGCACAUCCAACACCUACGAUGGGUCCGGGGUGGUGACCGUGGACACGGACCAGCCACUCCUCUGGACCAUGGCCGUCAGACUCUAGGUCCCCGGCACCGCACACAUCUCAUCCUACCUCAGCACCACUGUGGCUGCCCAGCAGGAACCCCCUUAAUGAGAGCCGCUAGUCAUAUUACAUAACCCAGGGAACGUUAUAAAGGACAGGUCUAGAUUUCACAGGGGCAGGGGCACAUUCAUCAUCGGCUAAGACAGGAACAAAGCUCUGUUAUUUUCCAUACGAAACUAAUGUGGAUCAUUCCAGCAUAAAAGUCAAUGCUCAUUGUUCUUCAUUCCAUUUGUCAAAACAUUGUUUUAAUUUUG